AUGCCAAGCCCAACAGUGACCCAACGUCGCGCCUUCCGGCGCACUGACGACUAUACUCCCGGCACGCCCAAAGUCAAGCUUGUACAGGAAGCGCUCCAACUGCCACUCUCACCAACAGCCGUCUUGAUCAAGGUUCACGCUGUGGGUCUCAACUACCGCGAUGCGAACAUCGCGAACGGCGGAAACCCUUGGCCAAUAAUUCCCAACGGUAUCCUGUGUAAUGACGCAGCGGGUGAGAUUAUUGCCGUCGGCGAGAAGGUAAAGUCCUUGGUAGUGGGUGAUCGGGUCGGGCCUAUCACGGACACGGAGAAUAUUUCUGGACGUGAGGUGAAACGGUCGUGGCUGGCAGCAGAUGAGGAUGGGGUCAUGGCAGAUCAUAUCAUUUUUGACGAGCGCGUUUUAUGCAAACUACCAACCUACCUCGACUGGGUCGAUGCUUGUAUAAUCCCUUGCGCGGGUGUCACUGCUUGGUCGGCGUUGAAGGGCAUGAGUAUUGGCCAGACCGUGUUGAUUCAAGGUAUGCAUAUCUGUAUCUGGGCCCGGAUUAUCGCUGACGAGUUAGGAACCGGUGGUGUCAGUGUUUUCGCACUCAAGCUUGCAAGGGCUGCAGGUCUUCGAGUGAUUUUGACUUCCUCGAGUGACGCGAAGCUUCAGCAAAUGAAAGAAAAAUUCUCGCAUCCACCAAUUUUGACUGUCAACUACUCCAAGAUACCUGACUGGGAUCGGGAAGUUAUGAAGCUUACCGGAGGCACUGGUGUCGAUAUCGUUGUUGAGAAUGGCGGAACCGGGUCCUUGGUCAAGAGUCUGAGGUGUACUCGACGCGGUGGUGUGGUCAGUCAGGUCGGAUAUCUUUCUAAACAGGACCCCAAUGACCUACGGGAACUGGUCCCAACUAUCAUUGACAGGAGAAUCAAUCUCAGGGGCAUAAAUGCUGGUUCCAAGUUCGAUAUGGAAGACUUUUGCGCUGCUCUCGAGGCAGCCCAAACACCACUCAAUGAUCUAAUUGAUAAGGUUUUCCCAUUCGAGCAGGCUGAUGAUGCUAUCGAAUUAUAA